UUACGGAGCUUUGUUUUUAAGCUGCAAGGCUUCCCAAUAGACGCGUAACUUUAAGUUAAUCGUCUUGGGAGUUGCCUUGCUCUGUAGAGGCGGGAGAUCUGCUAGCCAGUCACGCGGGCAAGUGCCUUUUGGGCACACCAUCUGGCUUCUCUGCACAGAAAAUCUACAAACCCAGCAUGGCGGUCGUGAUUGACCUUUCUGCGGCGCUGGCGUCCACCUUUAGCCAUGAUGCGAGUAUCCGUCAACAGGCGGAGCAGCACCUGGACCAGCUGAAGGAGACGAACUUUCCGGGUUACCUUGCCAGCAUAACAAAUGAGCUAGGAAAUGAGGACCGCGCGGACGACAUCCGUCAGGCGGCAGCGCUGCAACUCAAAAACUCGGUUGACGCGAAGGACGCGGUGCGCCGUCAGGAUUUGAUGGCAAAAUGGCAGGGAACUGAUGCUGCUCUGAAACAACACAUCCGUGACGUGUUGCUUCGGUGCCUGCACUCUCCGAAAGGUGACGUAAGGAAGACCACAGCGCUUGUCAUCGCGAAAAUCGCGAACAUCGAUAUGCAAUCCAAAGCGUGGCCUGCGCUUAUUCCAACACUGCUAAACAACAUGGCAGCCCAGCCUCCCGCUUCCGUUGGCACUCGCCAGGCGACCCUUACGACGUUCGGCUACAUCUGCGAGGAGGUCGACGAGUCUCUGCUGUCGCCCGAGAAUGUGAACAUGAUUUUGACAGCAGUUGUUGCUGGAAUGGGGCAGUCAGAGCAGGACGAUGUGCGCCUUGCUGCUAUCAAGGCGCUCACAAACGCUAUUCACCUUGCAAGGGGUAACUUCGAGGUUGAGACGGAGCGCACCUACCUCAUGACGGUCGUGUGCCAGUGCACACUGGCAAGUAAUCAGCCGAUGCGGGUGGCAGCUUUUCAGUGCCUGCAGCAGAUUGCUGAUAACUACUACCCGAAGCUUCAGUCGUACAUGACUGAGCUGUACCAGCUCUCCACCAAAGCUAUUAAGGACGACGAGGACGAGGUGGCUACCCAGGCCAUCGAGUUUUGGAGCACUGUUGCAGAGUAUGAGUUAGAGUUAGUGGAGGACGGGAAGGAAGAUCAAUGCAAGAACUUCAUCGCCAGCGCUGCCGAGUACCUGCUGCCCCUCAUGCUCGAUUGCUUGGCGAAGCAGGAUGAAGACUCACUGGAGGAUGAGGGGACUUGGAACCGCGCAAUGGCCGCUGGCUUCUUUUUGAAGCUGCUGGCGCGCAUUUGCAAGGACCGAUUGGUUCCCCAGGUGCUUCCUUUCGUUACGGGUAAUAUUUCGUCCCCUGACUGGCACUACCGUGAGGCGGCUACAUUUGCGUUUGGUUCCAUAAUGGAGGGCCCGGCUCCAGCGGCUUUGGACCAGUUCGUGCGGGCAGGCCUUCCCUUCCUGAUGAAUGCGCUUAAGGACCAGCACCGCGUUGUGCGGGAGACGACAGCUUGGGCGCUAGGCCAAGUAUUUGAACACCUGCACGGGAACGAGGCGGAGGGUCAGCCGCCCAUCGUCGCCAAGGAGAGCAUUCCUCCCUUGCUGUCCGCGCUGGUGGCAUCGCUUAAAGACGAGCCGCGGGUUGUCUACUAUGUUUGUGACGCUUUACGCUUCCUGGCUUUAGGCUUUCAAUCCUCUGAGGGUGAAACAACACCGCUGUCGCCGUACCUGAAGGACCUGGUCCAGAACUUGUAUGAGACUGCCGAGCGCUUCCGCAGCGCCCCAUGCGAGAAUAGUGGAAAAGCACAAGUUGCCGCCUACGAGGCUAUUAACGACCUCGUCCGUUCGUCAGCACGAGACACUUUGGAGUUUGUCGGUACCCUACUUCAGGUGGUCCUCGGCGCCAUCAACACAAAUCUGGAGACGCAGAUUACGUCGCAUCAGGCUGCGGAAAAGAUGGCAACUCUGCAGGGUCAGCUCUGCGGCAUGCUGCAGGUCUGCAUGGAACGGCUUUGCCGCAGCGACGACGCACGGGCUGCCCUAGUGCCCCUUCGUGACAAGAUUAUGGAGACGCUCCUCCAGGUUAUGGCACGUACUCAGUCGGGCGCCGGUGUUCAUGAGGAGGCCAUGCUAGCGGUUGGCACUUUUACAGUGGCGGUGGGCAGUGAUUUUGAGAAGUAUUUGCAGAACUUCAUGCCCUUCGUUCGCGCGGGUCUCCAGGAUCACAUGCAAUGGCAAGUUUGCUUGUCCACCGUUGGCGUCCUUGGGGAUGUUUGCCGCGCUGUCGGCGUGGCGCUUUGGCCAUACUGCGACGAACUGGUGUCGAUCAUCCUCUCCAACUUGGGGUCACCCAAUGUGCACCGGAACAUCAAGCCGGAGCUGCUCACGGUGCUGGGUGACAUGGCAUUGGCUAUUGAGGGGAAUUUCGCUAAGUACUUGGACGCAGUUGUUACGAUUCUGCGUCAAGCCAUGGCUAUGAGCAUCCAGAUGGUUAGCAGCCAGGAUUAUGACACGUAUGACUACAACAACUUGCUCCGUCGAGGCAUCAUCGACGCCUUUUCUGGAAUUGUCCAGGGCCUCGGGGACGAUAUUACAAAGGGCACUGGCAGUGGGUCGGCAAGUCGAGACCGUCUCACGGCAGAGCUGCCCGCUGUGUACCAGUUCGUUGCCAGUAUUGGAGCAGAUAAAACAGCGGGAGAUGCCUACGAUGAAGACGUGGCGCGGGCUGCCACCGCCUUGCUAGGCGAUCUCUGCAGCGUGCUCCCGGUGCGUAUUGUGCUUUUUAGCACGGGUGUGGUAAGCUAG